CCUCUCGUUUGUUCGUUACAGACGAGUGUCAGCAAUCACCAGCAAUUUCGGUAGGCAGCGAAUUUUUUCGCAACAAUUUUAGCCUCCAAAUAAAUUUAAAACGUUUGAAAAUACGAGUAUAUAAAAUAUUAAAAAAUGAUGAACAGCGUAGCACGUGUUUAUUUACGCGCUGGGGGCCAAACGCUUCCCAAAGUUCUGAAACCUGCAGCAGUUGCCUUCACUCAGGCCGAACGUAAUGGACACACCGACUUGCAGGUACCAGACUUCUCACCUUACCGCCGUGAGUCUGUAAAUACACCCAAUCGCAAAGAUGACUCCGCCGAGAGCCGCAAAGCAUUCUCUUACAUGUUAAUUGGUACUGGUGCUGUUGGCAGUGCAUACGCAGCUAAGGGACUCGUAACAGCGUUCGUGAGCUCGAUGAGCGCAACUGCUGAUGUUUUGGCCAUGGCAAAGAUUGAAAUCAAGCUUAGCGAUAUUCCAGAAGGCAAGUCUGUUACAUUUAAAUGGCGUGGCAAACCUUUGUUUAUUCGCCACCGUACCGCUAGUGAAAUUCAAACCGAGCGCUCUGUUGCUGUAUCGACCCUGCGUGAUCCUCAAGGCGAUGAUCAACGCGUUCUCAAACCUGAAUGGUUGGUCGUAAUCGGUGUUUGUACACAUUUGGGCUGCGUACCAAUUGCUAACGCUGGCGACUUCGGCGGUUACUAUUGUCCUUGCCAUGGUUCUCACUAUGACGCUUCUGGACGCAUUCGCAAAGGGCCGGCUCCAUUGAACUUGGAAGUGCCAACUCACGUAUUCCCUGAUGACGGCACUUUGGUCGUUGGUUAAGCAUUACGAAUUCUAGUUAAAUAGAAAAAACGAAAAGAAAAGUGUAAACCUAAUUUAAAACUGAAUAAAAGCAGUGAGGCAAAAUGUGAUUCAUUACGAGA